CUGCUGACUGAAUCAAUGGACAGAGUGAAUCACACUGCGGUGUCUGAGUUUGUAUUCCUGGGACUUUCCAAUUCUUGGGAUAUUCAGCUUCUACUCUUUGCAUUUUCUUCUGUGUUCUAUUUGGCAAGCAUGCUGGGAAACUCUCUCAUUAUGUUCACAGUGACUUCUGACCCUCACUUACAUUCUCCCAUGUACUUCCUGCUGGCUAACCUCUCUUUCAUUGACUUGGGGAUUUCCUCUGCUACCUCCCCUAAGAUGAUAUGUGACCUUUUCAGAAAGCACAAAGUCAUUUCAUUCUCUGGCUGCAUCACCCAGAUGUUUUUUAUUCAUUUGAUUGGUGGUGUUGAGAUGGUGCUGCUUAUAGCCAUGGCCUUUGACAGAUAUGUUGCCAUAUGUAAGCCUCUCCAUUAUCUGAUUAUUAUGUGUCCUAGAAUGUGCUCUUUGCUUCUGGCUGCUGCCUGGAUCAUUGGCUUCAUCCAUUCAGUGGUCCAAAUGGCUUUUAUAAUUAACCUGCCCUUCUGUGGCCCAAAUAAGCUGGACAGUUUUUAUUGUGAUCUCCCUAGGUUCAUCAAACUUGCCUGUAUUGACACAUAUAGACUAGAUCUCACGAUCACCAUCAAUAGUGGCUUCAUGUCCAUAGGUGUCUUCCUCAUCUUGAUCUUAUCUUACAUUUUCAUCCUAGUCACUGUUCAAAAGAAUUCAUCAGGUGGUUCCUCUAAGGCUCUCUCUACUCUUUCAGCUCACAUCAUUGUGGUGAUUUUGUUUUUUGUUCCAUGCUUAUCUUUCUAUACGUGGCCAUUCAACCCAUCACACCUAGACAAAUAUCUUGCUAUUUUUAAUGUAGUUCUGACUCCCUUUCUAAAUCCAGUGAUCUACACACUUAGAAACAAAGAGAUGAAGUUGGCAAUGAGGAGAGUGUGCAGCCAGCUCAUGAGUUUCAGUAACAUCUCUUAA